UCUCAGUGGUGCGGCCGGCGGGCGGCUAUGGCGGCCGUACGGGGCCUGCGAGUGUCGGUGAAAGCAGAGGCCCCAGCGGGGCCGGCCCUGGGCCUCCCGUCGCCUGAGACGGACUCUAGUUUGGAGCGUGGCGAGCCGGAGCCCAUGGAGGUGGAGGAGGGCGAGCUGGAGAUUGUGCCGGUGCGGCGCUCACUGAAAGAACUGAUCCCGGACACAAGCAGAAGAUACGAAAACAAGGCUGGCAGCUUCAUCACUGGAAUUGAUGUCACCUCCAAGGAAGCAAUUGAAAAGAAAGAACAGCGAGCCAAGCGCUUCCAUUUUCGAUCAGAAGUAAAUCUUGCCCAAAGAAAUGUAGCCUUGGACCGAGACAUGAUGAAGAAAGCAAUCCCCAAAGUGAGAUUGGAGACAAUCUACAUUUGCGGAGUAGAUGAGAUGAGUACCCAGGAUAUCUUUUCCUAUUUUAAAGAAUAUCCUCCAGCUCACAUUGAAUGGUUGGAUGAUACCUCCUGUAAUGUUGUCUGGCUGGAUGAAAUGACAGCCACACGAGCCCUUAUCAAUAUGAGCUCUUUGCCAGCCCUGGAUAAGAUAAGAAGCAGGGAUGCCAAUGAGGACAGGUCAUCUGAGAAAAGUAAAAAAGACAAGCAGGAAGACAGUUCAGAUGAUGAUGAGGCCGAAGAAGGAGAAGUUGAAGAUGAGAACUCCAGUGAUAUAGAGUUGGACACAUUGUCUCAAGUAGAAGAAGAGUCUCUGCUAAGAAACGAUCUUCGUCCAGCUAACAAACUUGCUAAAGGAAAUAGGUUAUUCAUGAGAUUUGCUACAAAAGAUGACAAAAAGGAACUUGGAGCAGCCAGAAGAAGUCAGUAUUACAUGAAAUACGGGAAUCCAAAUUACGGAGGCAUGAAAGGAAUUCUUAGUAAUUCUUGGAAGCGAAGGUAUCAUUCCCGUCGCAUUCAGCGGGAUGUGAUCAAGAAGAGAGCCCUGAUUGGGGAUGACGUUGGCUUGACGUCCUAUAAACACCGACAUUCCGGACUAGUAAAUGUUCCGGAGGAACCCAUUGAAGAGGAAGAAGAGGAGGAGGAGGAGGAGGAGGAGGAAGACCAGGACAUGGAUGCAGAUGACAGAGUGGUGGUAGAAUACCACGAGGAGCUCCCAGCUCUCAAGCAGACCCGGGAGCGGAGCACAUCUAGGCAGUCCAGUGCCAGCAGUUCAGACUCCGAUGAAAUGGACUAUGAUCUAGAACUGAAAAUGAUUUCCACUCCUUCACCAAAGAAAAGCAUGAAAAUGACCAUGUACGCUGAUGAAGUGGAAUCUCAGUUGAAAAACAUUAGGAACUCCAUGAGGGCAGAUACUGUAUCCACAAGCAAUAUCAAAAACCGAAUCGGUAACAAGUUACCAACUGAGAAAUUUGUAGAUGUCCGACAUCUGUUAGAUGAAAAACGUCAGCACACACGUCCACGGCCACCAGGCAGCAAUACUAAAUCAGAUAUACGCCAGCGGUUAGGAAAAAGACCAUAUUCUCCAGAAAAGGCUUUUAGUAGUAACCCAGUCUUUCGGAGAGAGCCUUUUUCUGAUGUACAUAGUAGACUGGGUGUUCCCAGGCAAGAUGUUAAAGGCCUCUACUCUGAUACUCGGGAGAAGAAAUCAGGUAGUUUAUGGACUCGCUUAGGAUCUGCACCCAAGACCAAAGAAAAGACCACGAAGAAGGUGGAUCACAGAACACCGGGCACUGAGGAAGACGACUCUGAGCUGCAAAGGGCAUGGGGGGCUCUGAUAAAGGAGAAAGAACAGUCUCGCCAAAAGAAGAGCCGCUGUUACCAGCACCCUUUUCCCAAGAAAAGUCAAUUCCCAGGUGCUUAUUGGACAGCCUUCGAGGGGGAAGAUGAGGGAAGCUGCCAGCUCACCCUUCCAGGACCCUAGUGUCGGGGCCGAAUGUCAUGGACCUGACUACAGAGGUGCACCAGUGCCGCCCAGGUAGAUAAGAGAUGCAGCGUCGAUCGUGCUUCCAUUCCUUCCUGGGGAUUUCUGUUAGGGGCCUCUUCGUAGCAAUCAGCUUGAAGUGAAGAUCAAGUUCAGUGCUGUGGGAUUUUUAGGAACAAAAAACUGUGACUUCUGGAUUUGGGGUGGACUUUUGUGCUAGGGGUGGGGUCAUGGGUUAACGUUGAACAAUUUUUAAGUCUGUAUUAUGUUUAAAAAUAUUAAUGAUUUAAAAGUUAAAAUUUUUAAUUUUUAUAUGUGAAAAUACUUCCUGUUGGCUACAAGGGAAGCUCAAGUGGUGUCUUAUGUGUGCUGUUAAAUAUAUAUUAUAUACUUUGGAAGAAGGCAAAGAGAGGAGUCUCAUUAUUUUUAAAUGAUCCUAAUUGUAUAGUCUGUCUGUUGUAUAUAGAAUUCAACUUGCUUUUUGGCCACUGUAGGAAAAAAAAAAUCCAUCCAUCAGAGAUGGGGUCCUGUUGUUUAUUAUCACUUCAGAAGUGAUAUGUUGGUAUUUAUUCUAUUUCCAAGUUCUGGCGCCUGAAGUUAUCUUUAAAACUGGCUAAUAAGAUCAUAGUUAUGGAAAUUUUAGUUUGUUUAUUUCUUGUUUGUUUCUAAACUCCUUUCAGAUUAUUUUAAAGGCAGUAGAUUAUUUUGUCUUCCUGUUUGAUCUCUAUCUUGAAGUAUUUAAUGUUUAUAUUCCUUUGCAGGCUUAAAAAUAGUGUUUCUCUUCAAUUCACUAGAAUUUAGGAGUUAGAGAUUGUAAACCUUUGUCCCUUUGUGAUGUCUCAGCUCUUCACCUGUCUGGCUUGUUUCAGUACCUAGUGUAGCCCUGGAUUCUAGAGAUCUUUACUUGUGGCUGAGCUAAUGGUCGCAUUGAUAGUUGAUUACAGUAUGGUGUGAUUGAAUGCAGAAUGCUGCUGCUAAUAAAGAAAAUAAAGGGCUGUGGGACUUAAGAGCUGCAACAGUUGUACUGUACCAUGUUUUGUUGGUUAACCUGCUUUUUUCACUCCCUUUAGAAAGAUUGGAGCCUGUAACUAUUGUAUGUUUCUGCUUCCUGAUAGGAUUCUGGGAAAGAGCUGGUUCUCUGCCAGUUGAGACCUAAUGUUUCUGAAGUUUCUCAGCUAUUUUGGUCCUGUGAAGCACACAGCUGAGAGCCAGGUUCUUGAGAAGGGGCAAGGUUUAGGGAGUUGGUAGAGUGAGAAGGACAAGGACCUGAGAGUCAGAGACCCGGGUGCCAACUCCUAGUUCUGUCCACAGGCCUGGGCCUCAGUUUUCCCAUCUGGCAACUGAAUGGGCUGGUACCACAGCUUCUGACUUCAUUGGUGCAUCUCUGUGGUGUUUUUACUCUUCCUGAAGCAAUGGUUGUGGUGGGCUGGCCAGCCCUGGUUUCUGUUACAGGCGUGGGGUGGGUCAAAGAGACAGUUGAGGGUUGUGACACCAUGAGGUUGUGGACAAGGAUUCACCCCCAUCCCUUUUCCAUUACAGUCUGUGGGUCUUCAAGCAUGACAAAGCUGUCCUUGUGGUCAGGGUCCUAACUGAUGUGGUCUCAGCAGUGUUCAAGAAAUGCCCUUCUUUAUGCUUCUGUGUUUCCUAGUCAUGACCUUUUCCACCAGUAGUUCAGGCCCAUCUGUCCCAUGACCUUAAGCCCUUGCCAGUCUCCUUUUAGAGAUCAGGGAAGGCUUUCUGGGAGGGUGGUGGUGGUGUAUAGUCAAAACUGGACUUUUGAUCUAACCAAGAAAAAUGCCCGCUUGAGCAGCCUUGCAGUCCUUACAAAUACACAGAACCAGAAAAGUAUCUUAAAGAUUUUAUUUCCCCAAGUUAUGGUUGGUCACCUCCUGUCUCACUCUCCAGCCUACACUCAGGCACUCAGAUCUUGAAACAUCUUACAGAGGCUUUGAAUGCCCAGGCCCUCUCUUUGGAGUUUGGGAGUGGGGGUGGAUAGUCAGGAUGGUCCCCUAGUGGCAGCUCAGCGUGCCUGGGUGCUCCUUAUGCAUGUGGGCAGGAGAGCUACACACUUUUCUGUAUUCUUCUUAGUCUUUACACAUGAGAUUUCAAAUACGUUUUGCUGCUUGAUAGUAAUUGCAGAUACCUCAUUUCUGUGUCCCCACUCUCCCUCUUGGGAGACACACCAGCUACCCAGGAGAACUUGGGGAGCCCGUGACAAGCGCUCCUCUGGCCUCUAGUCUGGUCCCAUGAAAUCUUCCCCUUAGUUCAGUCACUAUCUUCUCCUGCUCUUUCCCUGUGGCAGCCUCCUCCCCGGUCUCUGCCCCGUACCCCGUCCCUUCCUCUGUUAUGUGCACUGCAGCUGGGAUAAACUUUCGUUGUUUUUUGCAGCUUUACUGAGAUAUUAUUUACAUAGCAUACAGUUCCCUCUUCUAUAGUAUACACUUCAGGGGCACCUAGCCAGCUUAGUUGGUAGAGCAUGUGACUUUGAUCUUAGGGUUGUGAGUUCGAGCCCCACGUUGGAUGUAGAGGUUACUUAAAAAUACCUUUAAAAAAACAGUAUACACUUCAGUGGCUUUUAGUCUAUUCACAGAAUUAUGCAACCAUCACCAUAGUCAAUUUUAGAACAUUUUCAUCACCCUAAAGAAACCCAAUACCCAUUAGCAGUCACUCUCCAGUCCCCUUUCCCACCCUGGCAACCACUACUUGUUGUCUCUAUGGAUUUGCCUAUUGUGAACAUUCAUAUAAAUGGAAUCAUACACUUUGUGGUGAUUUGUGAUUGGCUUCUUUCACUAAACAUAUUUUCGAGGAUCAUGGUGUAUUGUAGCAUGUGUCAGUACUUCUUUUUAUUAACGAAUGAUAUUCCAUUGUACGAACAGUACAUUUUAUCUAUCCGUUCACCAGUCGAUGGUCAUUUGAGUUAUUUCCAUUUUUGGCUGAUAUGACUAAUGCUGCUAUGGAACAUUUAUGUUCAAGUUUUACGUGGUGAUGUUUUCAUUACUCUUGGGUUAUAUACCUAGGAGUAGAAUUGCUGGGUCAUAUGGUAACUCCGUUUUCACCUUUUGAAGAAUUGCCAGACUGUUUUCCCAAGUGGCUCCAUCAUUUUCCAUUUUUCCCAUUAGUGUAUAAAGGUUCCAGUUUUUCCGCAUCUUCAUCAACACUUGUUAUUUUGCAGUGUGAAUUGGUGUCUCAUUGUGGUUUUGAUUUGCAUUUCCCUGAUGACUAAUGAUGUUGGGCAUCUUUUCAUGCACUUCGGAAUGAACUUUCUUAAAGUUAUUCCUGUUAUUCCUCUGCUUAAAACCUUUCCAAACUUCACUGUUGCACUUGGAAUAAAUUCCAAACUACUGUGGUAGCUCACAAGGCUCGUGUUCUCAUCCUCCCCUGCCCUUGUGCCCACAAGUUCCCUGGACCCACCUUGAUCUCACCAGCCUUUCAAACUCUGCUCGGUGCUGUUCUUCUCUAGCAGUGAUGCGCUCCCCCGGACCUUUCUCUCUCCCAUCUGAGCCUUGCCUUCUCUUUUGCUCAUCUUCAAGGACUUAGAGACCCCUCCAGGAGGCUACCUCCCAACUUCCAGAGCCAGAUUAUGGGCCCCUGCUAUGUAUCCCACAGUACUGCCUUGGACGAGACUCGGCUCCUUCCACGGUUGGGUUAUACAGUCACACCUAAGAUAAAAAUGGAGUGUAACCAAAAUUCCUCUUGGAAACCCUGAGUAAGGUGCCAUGUUGAAAACCAGCAUCGAAAGAUCCAGCACAGUUGGUUCCUUCCUGUGUGGGAAUACAUCAGAGUUUCUUUGGUUGAGCUCCAGAUAAAAUGGUUGGCCUGCAAUUAGGGCCAUAUUGUGCAAAAAUACCCACAUAUUUUUAGGUGUUGGACUUACACUUAGGCAAGCAGCUCACUUUUGAAAGGGCUCUUGGGAACUAUAACAGGCCACAAGGAGCGGCAGGGUCACAAGCUUGUCUUAGGCCCUCCAGCCGGUCUGUUCAGUGAGUGGAGGCGCCGGUGAAAUGGCGCAAAUGACUUAACAUUGUUUUCCUUUUUCCUUGUCUUUUUUUUUUUUAACUUUUCAGAAAAAUAUACCAUUGUGUUUGCCUAAGUGAAAUCUGUGUAUGAUGCCAAAUCUCUGUACCCGUCCCCACCCCCUACCCCGAAUCAGCACACCUAUAUGCUGAAUUGUAAUACCCUGAUCCUACUUUGUCUUUUUUGCUAGAUUGUAAGCUCCGUGAGAGCAGAGACCAUGUCUGGUUUGUUCAUGGGGGUUUCUCCAGUCUUAGAACAUGUCUGGCACCUGGUAGGUCGUCUGGAAACAUGUGGUGAAUGUAUAAAUCCUUCAGCUGCAGGAACAGCUCCAUUUUCUGAGGCCCUGGGGUCCUAUUACAGGCUAGUCCUUGUUUUCUGCCCUGUACACACAAUACUUGAUGUUCAUGUUUUAUUUUCCCUGUUAGCCUGUGAGCUCCUAACGAGCAGGUGUCUUCAUGUUGUUAUCUCUGUGUCCUCCCACCAUGCCAGUUCAGAGUAAGUAGUACUUAAAGAGUGGUUGGUAAAUGAGUGAAUUACGGUAACAACCCAGCUCUGGCUCCUUUGUCUGCAAGCUGGUCAAAUUCUAGGUAGGACUACCAGAUUCAAAAAGAGGAAGAUGAUCCAGAAGUGCAUAAACUGUACUUGUAUAAGGAAAAAAAAAACCUCAUUAAUUCGAUCUCCAUAAAAUUCAAAUUUUGAUGAUCUGGCCAUAUCUGAGCUGAAGCUUACUUGCUGUGUAAAGAAUGUGUUAGAGAAUCAUGGAGGAUAUUUUUUAGAAAGCAUUCAUCUGCCCCAGGAGAGCAGGAAAGGAAGCUGGCCGGUGGAUGAGAGGCCCCAAAGAGGGAUUGCUGAGCCAGGUCUUAGGUGGGUCCUGUUGGAGAGGAAAGUGACAUCAGUCCAGAGAAGGUGAAGAGGAACCCCUUUUCGGGCAGUAGCUCUUUUGCCUCCAGCAGCCCUCCACCUCUCAGUCUGGGCAUUCUGAGAGUUAUGCUGAAGUGCUAGUGGGCAGUUUGGAUUCAUAUUAACAGCAGAUCAUGGCUUCACGGAUCAAUUCAUCGCUGCACAAAUAAAUUUGGUGUAUGAAUAGUUGCUUUUAAACUUUAUAUAAUGGGAAGCAAAUGAGAAGUUAAACCAUUUUUUUUCGUUUAAGAACUAAAAGUACAGAAUGUUUUUGAUAAUUUUGAGAAAAUCACACUUGCCUCAAGGCAGAUUGUUAUUGCAUAAUCUGACCAACAGAAAUCCAGAACUUUUCUUACAUGUUUAUUAAAUAAAUCUUAGAAGAAAAAA